UGUUGUGCUCUUUUUAUGUUCCUCUCAACUCAUGGUUCAGGUUCUUCUCUUCGCCUUGUUUUGCUCGCGUUCCUGCAUUUGAUCUGCAACCAAACUUCAUUAGGGAGGAAAUCAAUCACAGGAAGCUUCAUUGGGAGCAUGAAGGAGACAGAGGAGAUGCUGCAAUUCUGGAAGGAGAAGGGACUGAGUUCGAUGAUCGAGAUUGUGAACAUGGAUUAUAUCAACACAGCAGUGGAAAGACCGGAGAAGAACGAUGUGAAAUACAGGUUUCCGUACAAAAACAAGAAUCAUAGACAUAAGCAACUGGUGGAAAGACGAGAUUGAACGGUAAGACAAUGUAAAAAGAUAUGAUGUGUUGAAAGAGAAGAAGAAUCAAAAAGUAAAGUUGACGAUGAUCCUGAAGCCUUUAAGUGUUAACAAAACAUUUGUACUAUGAUCUCUCAUCAAUUGAAAAGAAAGUUUGGGUCAUAAGGUAGAACUUAUUCAAGAUCAGUUUGAUAAAGAUCUUUGGGAGAAUGGUUCUAAGGAUGAGAAUGGUUUUAAAGAUGCUCGUUGUAUUUAGCUUUUUUUUUUUUUUUUGAAUACAAGUAUUUUGUUAAAGGUCUUUUAUU